GCGUGGUGUCCCCCGCGGGCCGGCACACCGCUUCCCUCAUCUUCCUGCACGGCUCAGGUGGUACUGGCCAAGGUGUAAGAGCAUGGAUAAAACAAAUUUUGAAUCAAGACAUGGCUUUCCAGCACAUAAAAGUAAUUUAUCCAACAGCUCCUACCAGGCCUUACACACCUAUGAAGGGAGCCACUUCCACUGUGUGGUUUGACAGAUAUAAAAUUUCUAAUGACUGUCCAGAACACAUUGAGAGUAUUGACUCUAUGUGCCAAGAACUUACAGAUUUGAUCAAUGAUGAGAUGAAAAAUGGCAUCACAAAGGACAGGAUACUAAUAGGAGGUUUUUCUAUGGGAGGUGGAAUGGCAAUGCAUUUAGCAUAUAGGUUUCAUCAAGAUCUGGCAGGAGUCUUUGCACUGUCUAGUUUUCUCAAUAAAGAUUCUGCUGUAUAUGAGGCUGUGAAAAGAAAUGAAAGUGUUCUUCCAGAAUUAUUUCAAUGUCAUGGAACUGCUGAUGACCUAGUUCUGUAUUCUUGGGGUGAAGAAACGAACAAGAUGUUAAAGUCACUGGGAGUAUCAACUUCUCUUCAUACUUUUCCAAACCUCAAUCAUGAGUUAAACAGAAAUGAAAUAGAAGAACUUAAAACCUGGAUUCUAAAGAAGUUGCCUAUUGAAGCUGAAAAGUUAAAUGAAUAAAAUAUGUAAUAUUCAUAUA